CUGGUAGGUGAGUGUGUUCAGGAAGCUCUCGGUGAGUCCGCCUCUCAACGUGGCGGCCACUUUAGUUUAUCCCUCUCAUCCAGCACCUGGUCAACAAGUCCGCUUGGCGCUGCCAUCACAUCAAGUUGCUCCACUACUCCAACCCUACGAGAUAGCACCAAAUUGACCAGACAUUCGUCAUCUCUUAUGCCUGUAUCUCCCUGUACCAACGGUACCAGUGCGGCAGCCACGGCUGCUGCCGCAGUUGCAGCCUUCUCUGGUCCCUAUGGCAACAGCCUUGGAGACAGUGGUUGUUGCAGUAGUAGCAGCAGUAGUAGCAGCAUUGUGAGACCGGCCAGCGAGUCAGCCUGUCGAGUGCCAUCCCUACAAAUGACAUCUUCCUAUGAAUCUGGCCUGGCAGCCGGAUGCCGGGCUCAUCUGGCUCCCCAGUCGCCACCAGCAACCGCUUCU